CAUAUCCAUCUACCUUCUCACCAGAUGGAAGUGUUGCAAUAUGGGCAAAGUGUCUAUUUUAUUGUAUCGAGUACAACGAAGAAACAUUUAACGAGCAUUUAACAAGUUGCCAGGGUGUGAUUACAGAAAAACUCGGAAUUAUAUUCUUAAAGGUCGAG